AUGCAAAUUCUGGAAAAUAGCACCACACGGCUGGAGCAACGCGCUAGGGAGUACAAAGAGCGGAUGGAUCCAAGCAAGACAGCGCGGACUGAGGAGGGUAUUGAUGGUGGCCUCUUCCUAGAGUCUAAUAAGAGGAAGGUUAGCAAUCAGUCCGAGAGUACUGUGGACAAUGACAUCGAAGGAUGGGAAUCGAUUGACCCCUCGCACCUGUGA